GCCAUUGGCAGCUGUCUUGUUGUCCUGGUAUGUCUCAAAUAAAGACCAGCCCCCUUUUUUUUCAUGAGGAUUUCUCGGCCGCCUUCGUUACUUUUACGUGUAAUCGCGAUUACUAAAUCGGAUUACGACCCUAUAUUGUCUUUUAAGUCAUUUUGGCGGACGUAUAGGGUGUCUGAAAUGGACACGGAGCUAAAUGAAAGCUGUGGCGAGACUAAAUCGGCCAUGCAUACUUGGCGUUAUCGCCACCAUUUCACCUACAAGGCAGAUCAAGGGAAAAAUAUCAUCGUGCAAUGUAAUCUGUGUCUGCCGCGGGUAAACCUGCUGUCAACGUCAAAGACGUCAACGUCAAACCUGAAGAAGCACUUAGACAGAACACAUUUAGGAUGCGAAGCCAGGCCAGAUGCAAAAAGAGGGAGGAGGCGGGAGGAGUACAAUGGCGAAGAAAGUCGACACUUCCAACUCAAAAGGCUUAAAGCGGAGAUCAUCUCCAAAUCCAUGACCCAAGCAAAGAUUGACGAGCUCAUCUUCAACUACAUGGUGGAGGACUGUCAGUCAUUUCACGUGCUGGAGCAGCCCGGCUUCCAGAAGCUGAUUGCUGGUUUAACCGAGGGUCUCAAGUCCAUGGACAGGAUCACGUUGUUCACUAAGGUGGACCUGAGUUUCUCCAGGAUGCGUGAGGAGCUGAUGGUCAAACUCGCCACCGUCCAGUAUGUGUGCACCACGGCGGACGUGUGGAGCGCAAACAACGGCAGCUUCUUUGGCAUGACGUGCCACUGGAUCGACGGAGACUCGCUGGAGAGGAAGUCCGCGGCUCUGGGUUUUGCCAGGAUGCAGGGUAGGCUGACAUACGACAGCAUAGCGGGGAGGAUACACAACAUCCACUCGGCGUACAAUAUUGAAAGUAAAGUUCAGACCACCGUCACUGACAACGCCAGCCCAUUUGUCAACGUCUUCAAGGAGUUUGCAUUGGACGGCACGGAUAGCGAUGAUGACAUUGGGAUGUUUGACAACGUCAGUGCCAUCUUGGAAGCGGAGCCGCAGCAGGACAUGCUCCUGUUCCUACCCACGGUGCAACGCUGUGCAUCACACACCUUAGAGCAGAUCGUUACGGAGGACUUUUGGCAAGCUGUGUCACAGGGACCCAUGUGCCAGCUUUAUUACAGCACCAUGUCUAAGGUGUACUCCAUUUGGAGCAAGUGCCACCAUCUCCAAGUUGGCAUGGAAGCAGCAGAGGAGAUAAAGAAGAUGCCUCUGUUUGUCCCGGCUGUUGUACGCUGGAAUGUGGAGUACUGCGCCCUGCAGAAGAUAGUCUCCCUCACGGAGCGCGAACUGACGGAGCUGUCGGCACGCUUGGACGUCGCACGCCUUCAGCCUGAGGAGAUGGACUUUCUCAAAGAAUACGUCACUGUCUUCCAUCCACUGGCGUUUGCGCUGGAGCUUUUCCAAGCGGAGCAGAAGUGCUACUUGGGCCUCGUCAUCCCAACCGUCCUAAGUCUGAAGAACAAGCUGAACGAGCACAAGGAUGCCGCAAAGUACUUUGGCGAUGUCAUCGUUGCCAUUGUGACGGCCAUCGGCGUGAGGUUCAGAGAGUUGUUUUCCAGUAGUGAGGCCAAGAUCGCCACGGCGACCACCCCUCAGUUUCGCCUGUGGUGGUUGGCUGCCUCUGAGAGAGAAGAGAUGUGCUCCCAGCUGGCCACAGAGGCGUCCCAGGUGGACCCCUGCGACGUGACAGAGACCAACACCCGCCGCAACGUGGCAACCAUCGAAUCAGAGGACGACUUUUUCAGCUACGGCUCGGUGAAGAAUACAGCUCACAACCAAGAGCGGGGAGUUAUGGAGGAGAUCCGCAAGUACGUGGAAGGAACGGGGAAGAGCUUGGAGUGCCUGCAAGACUUCCCAAGGGUGAAGCAGCUCUUCCUCAAGUACAACACCACGCUGCCGUCCACAGCGCCGGUCCAGAGCCUCUUCAGCCAUAAAGGCAACCUGGUCACCUUGCAAAGGAACUUUCUGACAGACGACUACUUUGAACGCAUCCAGCUGCUCAGAUACAACAGCAACUUGUGCUCUUUGCUCAACGAGUGACUACUGAUAACCAUUUCUAAUAACCUUUACUCUCUGUUCAUAAGACAAUUUAAAUACUAACUAAAUUAGGAUUCUAUUCCGUAGCCACAGGGUUUUAUCUUUGUUUCAGUUUUUUUUCUACAGUUAUUGAAUGAGAAUGUAUGAUGUUAUCAUGUGUUCUUUAAUACAUUAGAAAAGAGCCUUUAGUGCACUUUUGUUUUACUCACUGGGGUAAAAUAAAAUUAUUUAUUCUCA